AUGCCCCAGGGGAUAAAUUCAGAUGAUACCUCAGGGCUAGAGCUGGAAGAGCCCGAAGAUAUGUCGGGCACAGAUGAGCAAGACCAGUCAGGUCCUCACGCCCCUUUGCUCGCCUCAACCCACGCCUCUUCAGACCAUGACAAUGAUCACGAUGAGAGCCUGGCCUCGGAGCUGAAAUACUCGGGAGGCUGGUUUAUAUGGGCAUUGACCUUCUCCGCUGGGAUAAGCGGUUUACUAUUUGGAUAUGACACAGGUGUCAUCUCGUCUACUUUGGUGACCAUCGGGUCAGAUCUUUCGGAUCGGUCAUUAACAACACUCGAUAAAAGUCUCAUAACAUCCUGCACCAGUCUGUUUGCAUUGGUCGCGAGUCCGUUUACCGGAGUGCUGGCGGACAAGUUUGGUCGUCGGAAGGUCAUACUUGGCGCAGAUCUAUUGUUCGCACUUGGAGCUUUGGCACAGGCUUUUACAAGCCAUGUUUGGGGUAUGAUCAUUGGGCGCAGCAUUGUUGGUCUUGCUGUUGGUAGCGCAAGUGCGGUGACACCAUUGUAUAUCUCCGAGUUAGCUCCUUCCCAUGCAAGAGGAAGGCUUGUCACGAUCCUCAGUUUGUUUAUUACCGGUGGCCAGGUGGUGGCAUACAUAGUUGGGUGGCUGUUUUCCAGCACCACUGGAGGCUGGCGGUGGAUUGUGGGAAUUGGAGCAUUCCCGGCCUUCGUCCAGCUUGCUAUUCUCGCUCUGCUACCUGAGACGCCUCGAUGGCUGGUCCAGGCUGGAUUCGAUGCCCGGGCGAAGAAUGUCCUGAUUAAAAUCUAUCAAGAUUGCCCUGGGUGUGACCAGGUGGUGGACCGUGUGUUGCGCAAUAUCAAUGGAGAAAUCGUCCAAGAGGCAUCGGAGAUGGGACAACCCAAGUCUCGUGGCACAAAGCCCCAAUGGUUACAUGAUACCAUUCAACGGGGCCAGCAGUUGUUGCAUGGUGGAAACAGAAGAGCAUUGAUCAUAGCAAUGAUGCUCCAGGCGGUCCAGCAGCUCUGUGGAUUCAAUAGCCUGAUGUAUUUUUCAGCAACCAUCUUCUCCUCCCUUGCAUUCUCCUCGCCGACAUUGACAUCACUCUCGGUGGCUAUGACGAACUUCGUCUUCACGUUGUUUGCAUUUGUGUUGAUUGACAGGAUCGGACGCCGGCGCAUCCUCCUGUAUUCAAUCCCUGUCAUGGUUGUUGCUCUGGUCGUCUGUGCUUUCUCGUUUUCGUCAAUGGACGGCAAAUGGAAUUCAGAGCCUCCAACUGGCCCCCAAGAAAAUCAUGAUAGCCCUGGUUCUCUUGUGCCUAUUGCAAUUUUGCUCUGUCUUACUGUCUAUACUGCAGCGUAUGCCCUCGGACUCGGCAAUGUCCCCUGGCAGCAGUCUGAGCUCUUCCCUCUGAAUGUACGUUCUCUGGGGUCAGGACUGGCCACUGCAACCAACUGGGGAUCGAACUUCAUAAUCGGUCUUACAUUCCUGCCCAUGAUGGAAUGGAUCUCACCCUCAUGGACGUUUGCUCUCUAUGCACUCGUUUGUGUCGCUGGAUGGGUUGCUGUAUGGGCGAUUUACCCCGAGAUGAGUGGAUUGGGGCUCGAGGAAGUCAAGGGUCUGUUAGCAAAUGGCUGGGGAGUGAGAGAAAGCCUACAGCGACGCCGUCUCUCACAACAUAUAUAG